AUGCUACAAGGAGACAGCCCUCAGGAUCUGAUCCAGGCACUCCGCUCCGUCAACAGGGGUAUCCCACCAAACUCCAUUCCCCCUGCCAUCCCUGAUGAGAUCUAUCAUGUUGAUACCCAACUCGACCCCGACACCCAAAAGGCGUUCAUUUUCUGGGACGAUAUCAUCCAAGCAUUUGAUAACGCAGUACAAGUCCGUCAUAAGACAAGAGUCGUUCCGUUCCUCAGAGGAGAAGACCAGUCGUUUCUUGAGCCUCGCAGGAUAGCCGCCUUGCCGAACAUCGUCUUGGAUGUGGUCGUAGAUGCUCCAGUGACCAAUAAUGCGAGGGUCACUUUUCCCCAGGACCGACAGGUCGAGCUUCAGCCAGUGCCACCACAGGAUGACAGCACGAUAAAGGCAGAGACUAUCUCCCAGAACUCCACACCAGCAUCCAGUACUACGUCCAGGUCCAGUGUUGAGGUUGAGCCAAACAUUACGUCGUCAUCCAGUACCCCUUCCACUGUAACUUCCACUGUCCGACGGAACCCAGUCUACGGUCUUGUAGAGGAAGCGAUAGAAAACUACACUCACAUCGAUAGACCCCUUGCGUUCCCGUCCGCUCGAGGUCCGCAAGAAGUGUUGGACGAUCGAGCACCAGCCGUCAAGGAUCUUCCAACCAAUCCUCGUUCUGACGACGACAAUAACUCCCAGCAGCGUGGACCUCAGAGCGCAACAGCCAAUGUGUCCGUGGAACUGCAAUUCGCGCGGAUAAUCAUUAGUGCUAGUGAGGGGAACAAGGACGCCCAGGUCGCGCUUGGCGACAUGUACAGGGACGGCAAGGGGGUUGCGCAAGACUAUCAGGCGGCCAUGGAUUGGUACUUCAAGGCGGCCGAGCAAGGAGGCGCAGCUGGGCAGCAGAGUGUAGGCGCCCUCUACAAUGACGGAUUCGGUGUCCCACAGAAUUACUUAAUAGCUAUGAAAUGGUACCUCAAGGCGGCCAAUCAAGGACAUGCUUCCGCUCAACACAGCGUCGGAGCUCUCUACCUCCAUGGUCGAGGUGUUCCCAAAGACUACGCAGAGGCGAAGAAAUGGUACCUCAAGGCCGCCGAACAAGGAGAUGCUGUUGCUCAAUAUAGCAUCGGAGUUCUCUACGACCGUGGCCACGGUGUUCCCAAAGACUACGCAGAGGCGAUGGAAUGGUUCCUCAAGGCCGCCCAGCAAGGACAUAUGAGAUCUCAAUUCAACAUCGGCGUCUACUACGAAAUUGGCCAAGGAGUUUCCCAAGACUACGCACAGGCGAUGGAGUGGUACCUCAAGGCCGCCAAUCAAGGACACACGGCCUCACAAUAUAACAUCGGCCUACUUUAUAAAGACGGCCAAGGCGUUCUUCAGGAUUAUACAAAGGCCGUGGAGUGGUUCUCUAAGGCUGCUGACCGAGGACAUAAAGGCGCCAAGGGAGAAUUGGAGGCCUUGAAGAACAAGGGUGUUACUGUGAACUAA